AUGCCAGCGCCAGACCCGAUUGGUGACACCAUCGUCGCAGGUGCUCUCAACCCUGUUGAAGGGAAGAUUGUCUCCGUGCCAAACCACGCGGCCAUCAACGAGAAGGCCAGCUUUGAUGAUACUGCUGCUGGUAAAGAGUUGGAAGCGGAAAUUCAAGCUGUGGCCCCCCAAUCGGAGAGUGGUAGUCAUGAGAAGGACAAUGGCAGCGAAGAAGUUAUCAUCAGAACUGGAGCAGAUGCUGCCCAGCACCUGCUGCCUCUCCGGGAUGACUUUCAACCAUCUUUGACAUUUCGCAGUAUCUUCCUGGCCACCUGCUUGUCGGCCUUUCAAGCUGUCAUGAGUCAGAUCUACACGUUCAAACCCACCCAGGUCACCAUCUCGGGAACCUUCAUCGUUCUCAUUGCCUAUUUCAUGGGCAAAGCAUGGGCCAACUUUCUCCCCCGAGGCGAUAAACUCGAAGCUCGGUGGAGGGAGAAGGGUGGGGAGGGAACGCCUCCACGCUGGAUUCGGACCGUCUCAUUCUUGAACCAUGGCCCUUGGAACUUGAAGGAACAUGCCAUUUGCGCCAUUACUGCAACAUCUGCGUCCAACGCUGCUGCUAGUAUCACCGUGUUUGCUGCCCAGGACCUCUUCUACGACCUUCCGCUCAGCCCUGCGACCGUUGUGUUGAGCGUCAUUUCCAUUGGACUCUUUGGCUACGGAAUCUGCGGCAUCAUGCGACCUAUUGCUGUAUGGCAUGUUGAUGCGGUGUACUGGAGCACUUUGCCUACGGUAAAGACCCUUCAAGGACUCCAUUGGCAAGAGUUGAAGAACUCAAAGCCGUUGAGGUGGUUCUGGUACAGCUUUGCAGGCAUGUUUGCAUACGAGUUCUUGCCUGCGUACAUCUGGCCCUGGCUCAACUCGGUCUCAAUUCCCUGCCUUGCCGCGAUGCAUGCAACUGGUGCCAAAGCUGCUACUUUGACAAACCUCUUUGGCGGUUCUAUCAACAACGAAGGACUAGGACUCUUCAGUCUAUCCUUCGACUGGCAAUACAUCACCUCUUUCAAUACUUCACUUCCUCUGGCGCUGCAGGCGCAUGCGGCUCUCGGAUACUUCGUGUGCUUUAUUGUGAUGCUGGGUAUCUACUACUCCAACGCCUGGGACGCGAAAUCCCAGCCAUUCAUGUCCACUCGUCUCAGGUCUGAAGAUGGAUCGACAUACCCAAUCGCGAAAGUCUUCACUGGUGGAGUGCUCAACAAGGAGGCGUUGGCGACUUACGGCAUUCCAAGGCUCACGGGUAGCUUUGCGUACGCAAUGUUCAUGGCAAAUGCUGCUAUUGGCGCUCUCAUUGCUCAUUGCUUUCUGUUCUGGGGCGGAGAUGUCGUGAAUGCUUAUAAAAGCGCCCGAAGCGGACGGUACGACGACAGGCAUCACGCGCACAUGGCAAAGCACUACAAAGAGACCCCAUGGUGGUGGUAUGUGGUGGUGCUUGUUCUUAGUUUCAUCCUCGGUAUAGUUGUGGUGACAACUCAAAAUAUCACCCUUCCGGCAUGGGCAUACAUUGUGGCGUUGCUGCUGGGCAUCUUUAUUGCUCCUUUGAGUACUAUCCUCUACUCUCGGUAUGGUAAUGGCAUUGCGACCAACAAUCUCUCAAAGAUGCUUGCUGGACUCUUACUACCUGAACGUCCCAUCGGAAACAUGUACUUCGCGGCUUGGUCGCACAACGUGAUUUCUAAUGCCGUCACUCUGUCGAAUGACUUGAAGAUGGGCGAAUAUCUCAAAAUUCCUCCCCGCGUUAUGUUCUUGACCCAGGUGUAUGGAACUAUACUGGGCGGAUUUAUCAACUACGCUGUCAUGAUUUCAAUUGUGAACGGCAACCGGGAGUUGCUUGUCGACAGCGACGGUAACAACGCUUGGAGCGGUGCAACUAUGCAGUCAUACAACACCAACGCAACCUCCUGGGCGCUAGCGCAUUACCUGUACAAGAUAGGUGGCAAGUACGAAAUGGUGCCCAUCGGCUUGGGAAUUGGUUUUGGCAUCGUUGCCGUUCACAGGCUCGUUGUUUACUUCGUCCCCAAAAUCCGUGGGUUCUCGCUGUCUGAGAUCAACUUUCCCCAGUUCAUCCAGUACGCCGGAUUCAUUCCGUAUAAUCAGUCGCAGACUUGCGUUAUCUUCAGUCAACUCAUCGCUGGCUUUUUCACCCAGUUCUAUCUCAGGAACUACCGCCCGCGAAUUUUCAGGGACUACUCGUAUCUCGUGACUGGCGCAAUGGACGGCGCUAGCCUUACUGUUCUGUUCAUUCUAUCCUUCGCUGUGUUUGGGGCAGGAGGCUCUUCAAGGCCUUUCCCAACGUGGUGGGGCAACAACGCGGAUGGUUAUUACGACCUUUGCCCGUCAUCGGAAUAA